UGCGCCGUGGCGUCACAUUGUGACGUCGGUGGUGCCCAUGGCAGAGGGCAGCGGAUGAGGGUGAUGGCCUCGUCGGUGGUGCGGGCCACGGUGCGCGCUGUUAGCAAGCGGAAGAUCCAGGCUACGCGCGCCGCUCUCACCCUGACCCCAUCAGCUGUUCAAAAGAUAAAGCAGCUUCUGAAAGAUAAACCUGAACAUGUGGGUGUGAAAGUAGGUGUUCGUACAAGAGGAUGCAAUGGGCUUUCCUACACAUUAGAAUAUACGAAAUCAAAAGGAGAUUCUGAUGAAGAGGUAGUUCAAGAUGGGGUUAGAGUGUUUAUUGAGAAGAAGGCACAGCUGACACUUCUAGGAACUGAAAUGGACUAUGUAGAAGACAAACUAUCCAGUGAAUUUGUCUUCAAUAAUCCAAACAUCAAAGGAACAUGUGGCUGUGGAGAAAGCUUUAACAUCUGAAAUCUCAGGACUACUUCUUUGACUUUGAACACCCCGAAACACUGCUACGACUUUCAGAAGCAAAUGCAUUUUCUUCAGGUUUGUAGGCUGUGUGAAGUGUGGAUACCAUUAAGAAAAAUAAACCCUUUUGAAAAAGUAAAUUGUUUGUUAGAUUCCACCACUGAUGUAGUUAUUCUUUAAUUUGUGAUGAUUUGGGAUUCAAAAGGUAAGAACAGUAAGUGCUAUAGUAACAUCUCUGUACUUCCACAUGCCAAGGAAAUAAAAUCUAUCUGUUCUU